AUGGCUCCUGUACUACUACUUCCUUCUCAAAAUUGUUUGUUACCUUUUGGAAGAGCUUUACGCGAGAAACCUUCAAAUUCAUCAAUGAAACAGUCUAAUCAACAAUAUUUUAAGAAAUCUACGUCAACUCUUAUUAAAACAACAAGUGUUCCCUUCUCUAAUAAACUUUUAAAUACAACUCAUAAAACUCAAAGAGAAGUUAAAGCUUCUUUAUCAAAACUUAGACGAAUGGUUCUUGUCGAUAGUUUACCUGAUGAGAAUCUUCCUAAAUUAGCUCCAUCAGUACAAAGUUUAAUUCGUCCUAACUCUUUACGUUCAAAAGUGUGGAAACAUUUUUUGGGAGUUUAUCAUGUGUCAGCCAAUGAAUAUAUAAAUUUAAUACAAAAAGGAAAAUCUUGCGUAUACGAUAAAAUUCGAAACGAUACUUUUAGAACUUUGGCCACUGAUCAAAAAUUUUCAGAAAGAGUUAAUGAAGAAAUGUUGAUUAGAGUUUUGAAUGCUUCGGUUUGGAAAAUGAAGUCAAUCAAAGAUCAUCAAUCAAUUACUUAUGUUCAAGGGAUGAAUGUUUUACUCGCUCCAUUUUUAUUUACCAUGUCAGAAUUGGACGCUUAUUUUUCUUUCGUUACUUUUAUUCAAAAUAUUUGCCCCUUAUAUGUUACUCCCACGCUUGAAGGUGUUCAUUCUGGUUUGAAACUUUUGGAUAGAUGUUUGCAAAUACUUGAUCUGAAAUUAUUUAUUUACUUAAAAUCAAAAAAUCUCACGGCAGAAAUUUAUGCUUUUCCAUCUGUACUCACUUUAUGUGCGUGUACUCCUCCUCUUGAACAAGUUUUAAAGUUAUGGGAUUUUCUCUUCGCUUAUGGAAUUCAUUUAAACAUUAUUUGUGUUAUUGCUCAACUUAUUUUAAUGAGAGAUCAAUUAUUGGAUGCUCCAAGUCCAAUGAAAUUACUAAGAACGAUGCCAGAAUUGAACGCUAAAUCUAUCAUAAAUUUGACUGUACAACUUGUUCAACAAAUUCCGGAUAAUUUAUACGAACUACUCGUUAGACAUCCAUUUGAUCCUACACGCCACCACCAGGGUGACGACAAAGACUAA